CUUCCUCAACACGAGCUGCUGCCCAGAGCAGGGUUUGUGUGUGACCAGAGUUGAAGGGAGGUUGCUUGGUGAUAAGAAGGCAAGCUAAGGAGAAGGUUUGCAGGAAAGAGGGACAGCUCUGGGGGCAGUUCGUGUGACCUCCUUCCCAGGCCCCCUGCACCAUGACGGUUUCAUAUACCCUCAAAGUAGCAGAGGCUCGCUUCGGAGGCUUCUCUGGCUUGCUUCUCAGGUGGAGGGGAAGCAUCUACAAGCUCCUCUACAAAGAGUUCCUCCUCUUCACGGCCCUGUAUGCUCUGCUCAGCAUCACCUACCGGCUGCUGCUGACCCAGGAGCAGAGGCACGUGUAUGCUCAGGUGGCCCGAUACUGCAAUCGUUCUGCAGAUCUCAUCCCCUUAUCCUUCGUACUGGGUUUCUACGUGACCCUGGUGGUGAACCGCUGGUGGGCCCAGUAUACAAGCAUCCCGCUGCCAGACCAGCUGAUGUGCGUCAUCUCGGCCAGCGUGCACGGUGUAGACCAGCGUGGCCGCCUGCUGCGCCGCACCCUCAUCCGCUAUGCCAACCUGGCGUCCGUGCUGGUGCUGCGCUCGGUGAGCACCCGCGUGCUCAAGCGCUUCCCCACCAUGGAGCAUGUGGUGGAUGCAGGUUUCAUGUCCCAGGAAGAGAGGAAAAAGUUUGAGAGCCUAAAAUCCGAUUUCAAUAAGUACUGGAUCCCCUGUGUCUGGUUUACUAACCUGGCGGCCCAGGCCCGGAGGGAUGGGCGAAUCCGUGACGACAUCGCUCUCUGUCUGCUCCUGGAAGAGCUGAACAAGUACCGGGCCAAGUGCAGCAUGCUAUUCCACUAUGACUGGAUCAGCAUCCCUCUCGUCUACACCCAAGUGGUGACCAUAGCCGUAUACUCCUUCUUUGGCCUCUCCCUGGUUGGCCGCCAGUUUGUGGAGCCAGAGGCAGGGCCAGCCAAACCUCGGGAGCCUUUAGAGCCAGGCCAGGAGGCAGCAUCCACCCUGGGGGACCUGGACAUGUAUGUGCCUCUCACCACUCUGCUGCAGUUCUUCUUCUAUGCUGGCUGGCUCAAGGUGGCUGAACAGAUUAUCAACCCCUUUGGUGAGGAUGAUGACGAUUUUGAGACCAACAAGCUCAUAGACCGCAACCUGCAGGUGUCUCUGUUAUCCGUGGAUGACAUGUAUCAGAACCUGCCUCCCGCUGAGAAGGACCUGUACUGGGACGAUGACUCUGCGCAGCCGCCCUACACGGUGGCCACGGCGGCCGAGGCUCUGCGGCCUUCCUUCCUGGGCUCCACCUUCAACCUUCGCGUGAGCGACGACCCGGAGCAGAGCAUGCAGGUGGAGGCGUCUCCAGGGUCCGCUCGGCCGCUGCCCACCGCGCAGACCCCGUUGCUCGGCCGCUUGCUGGCCGCAGGGGCACCCUCCCCGGCCAUCAGCCUCAGGACCUUCGGCCGCGCGCGAGGAGCCCCCCGGACCCCUCAUCUGCUGCGCUUCCGAGCGGAGGAGAGCGGCGACCUCGAGGCUGCGGACCGCAUCGAGGAGGCGUCGGUGGGGUCAGAGGAGGCGGCCAGGGAGCCCUGAGCGGUGGCCGUCCUGCCUGCCGCCCCUCCCCUCCCGGCCACCGCUGCCCUCCAGCGCAGAGUACUUAACUGUGCGUCCUGAGCCCGAGAAUUUAGGGACAGACUUUGAAAGAGGAAGAGGGCGGGGCCAGCACCAGGGCUGGGAAUCUGUACGUUUUGGCGGGAGAAGGUAGGAAACUGAUGCUAGGACACGUGGGCCAGAACCCAGAUGCAGUUAAUUUCCCGGGCACUAGGGAGCUGGGCCUGUUCUCAGACCUGAGGGAGCAUCAGCAGCACUGAAGGGCCUGUUCACAGGGUCCACUCAGUGUCUCUGAUUCAUUAGAUCUGGGAGGGAAGUAGGAAGUUCCCAGGUGAUGGUGCUGCUGCUGGUCCAGGCAUCACACUUUGAGUCCUAUAUAAAAGAAGUUAGGGGCAGCCCUGGUGGCGCAGCGGUUUGGUGCCGCCUGCAGCCCGGGGUGUGAUCCUGGAGACCCGGGAUCGAGUCCCACGUCGGGCUUCCUGUAUGGAGAGCCUGCUUCUCCCUCUGCCCCUC